CCAAGUGGAAAUAAUCGAUCAAACAUUAUCGAUAGUGUUUCUAUGUGUGGCCCAGCCAGAUACACAUAUAAAAGGCAAAUGUUUUAAGGCCAGAAAUUCGAAAAUGAAAUCACUGAAGAAUUCUGGUAUAUAAUAGGCUGUAUGCUAUAUUUGCAUUAUAUCACAUAAUUUCUAUUUAUUUAAUCUGGACGGAAUUUGUUGUAAUUUGUCUAAGAUAAACCUUAAACGGAAAUGGAUACAUUUGACGUUUCUGAUAGGAACAGCUGGUACUUUGGUCCCAUGUCUAGACAGGAUGCUACUGAAGUUUUGAUGAACGAACGCGAGCGGGGAGUGUUUUUAGUCCGUGAUAGUAACUCGAUAGCAGGGGAUUAUGUACUUUGUGUAAGAGAAGAUACAAAAGUUAGCAACUACAUCAUUAACAAAGUUCAACAACAGGAUCAAAUCGUUUACCGCAUUGGGGAUCAGUCUUUUGACAAUCUACCGAAACUCUUAACUUUUUACACUCUUCAUUAUUUGGAUACAACCCCUUUAAAACGGCCUGCGUGUAGAAGGGUGGAAAAAGUAAUAGGAAAGUUCGAUUUCGUUGGCAGCGAUCAAGAUGAUUUACCUUUUCAAAGAGGUGAAGUUUUAACAAUAGUUCGAAAAGACGAGGAUCAAUGGUGGACUGCGCGUAACUCCUCGGGGAAAAUUGGUCAAAUACCGGUUCCCUAUAUACAACAGUCGCGUCAAUUUUUAUGGAAUGCAAAUAAAACUUUCGAUACGGCGACACUAACGCUAGGAUAUUAAUAAUGUAAAAUCAGAAAGAAACCCGAAAACUAGUGAGACGUAUAAGGGUCAAUAAUGUCAAAGAGUCGCCAGAAGUAAAUAUGUAAAAAUAUAUUAUGACGAUUAUAUGGAUGAAGAUGCUAUUGAUAAAAACGAACCUUCCAUUUCGGGAUCUAGCAAUGUAUUUGAAAGUACUCUUAAAAGGACAGAUUUAAAUCGAAAACUACCUGCAUACGCCCGCGUAAAACAGUCAAGGGUCCCUAACGCAUACGAUAAGACUGCAUUAAAAUUGGAAAUAGGUGACAUUAUUAAAGUCACUAAAACAAACAUUAAUGGGCAAUGGGAGGGAGAAUUAAAUGGAAAAAAUGGUCAUUUUCCCUUCACGCACGUUGAAUUUGUCGAUGAUUGUGAUUUAAGCAAAAACUCCACAGAAAUAUGCUAAAUAGGAAGGAAUGGAAGGAAUUUCUUUUGAUAAUUUUGAUUUUUGAGCUAAUUGUAUGAUUAAUAAGUUGUGCAUACCAAUUGUUAACAUAAUCAGAAAAUUAAAAUCUUAUUAAGUAAAAUAAAAAUAAACGGGUACGAAGGACAUAAU